GUCAACACUGGAUAUCACACUUUUUACAAUCAGUUCUCCGCUACAAUCACGUGUGGUGGAUCAAUCAUCAAGAUGAACUCAAAAUGGGCCUUCGCCUUUUUCCUUGUUGCUGUUGUCUUUGUAACGUAUGCACCAUCGGAAGCAUACGUUUACAGGACACCCUCCAGCUACACGGCAGGUCAAAAGAAGAGCCAUGAUAUGAUCGCUGGCAGCAGACUCCCAGGAGAUCGCCUGGUGCAUCGGGAAUACAUCGUCAGGUCAUCAUCUCCGGGAGAGAUCACUAUUCAGAGGAUCUUCAGCGCUCCGAGGUUCGAGAAGAUCACUCAGGUUCGUGCUCUGGAUCAAACCAACAAUGGAACUGGAGGCUAUGCUAAUAUCGUCAGAGGUGGACCAGGUCUGGGUAAUGUCACCAUCAAUUUUACAAGCCAGAGGAACUAUGGCCUCAGAUUCCUCAUUCAAAUUUACUCCAGACGUUGAAUUGUAAUUCAACAAAAUUGAAUUGUACAAAUUGAAUUGAAUUGUUAUUGUAUAAUUGUUGAAUUGAAUUGAAUUGUCAUUCAAAGGUGAUGUGGAAUUAUUCCAUCUCUUUUUUCUUAUCGCAUGUUACAUGAGUUGUAAAAUCACAAGUCAAUAUUUUCCACUUGUUUCUCCAUCAUCUUGAAUAAAGCGGACAUUGAUAGUGAA